AUGACUGUGCUAGCUGAUUUGAGCGGGCUCCCGUCAGUUGAUAUCUUUGUGUGGGAAGACCCAGCGCAAAAUUCGCUGGUUGCCCCUGCCUCGGCCCUUUGCCCAUUAAAGGAGUUAGAUUCCCACAAGGCGAAGAAACCCUUGGUCCUCCCGGGCGGGCAGGAGGAUCUUUUGCUUUUUGACACCCCACCGCCUUACGCACCCCUCCCGAGAGAGCCUAUGGCACCUUCCCCAGAUUCUACGCAGGGGGAUUCUACGCAGGGAGAAAGGGGGGAGGAACCCCCGGCUCGUACAACCCCCAUGGGUGCCAGGCUGCGCUUGCGUCGGGGAGGGGGGAGUGAGGGUGGCCAGUGGGAGGCACAGGCUUUCCCACUUCGCUCGGUGGGGAAUCAGAUGCAAUAUUGGCCGUUUUCAGCCUCAGAUUUGUACAAUUGGAAAACCCAUAACCCGCCUUUUUCUCAAGAUCCACAAGCUUUGACAGGAUUAAUUGAAUCUAUUCUUUUGACCCAUCAACCGACUUGGGAUGACUGCCAGCAGCUUCUGCAGGCUCUCCUGACCACGGAGGAGAGACAGCGAGUUCUCACGGAAGCUCGAAAAAAUGUUCCAGGGGACAACGGUCAACCUACUCAACUGCCAAACGAGAUUGACGCAGCAUUCCCGUUGACCAGACCAGAUUGGGAUUUUAGUACGGCAGCCGGUAGGGAACGACUCCGUCUCUAUCGCCAGAUUCUCCUGACAGGUCUCAGAGGGGCAGGGAGACGCCCCACCAAUUUGGCUAAGUAUGUGGAUGAUUUACUCCUGGCAGCAGAAACCGAAGAGGACUGUAAACAGGGAACGGAAUCCCUGCUCCAGAAGCUAGGCGAACUGGGAUAUCGCGCCUCUGCCAAAAAGGCCCAAAUAUGUGCCCGACAGGUAGUUUACCUGGGUUAUAAAUUGAGAGGGGGCAGGAGGUGGCUAACAGAGGGACGUAAACAGGCGGUGGCGCUUAUACCCCCACCUAAAAACCCACGCCAGUUGAGGGAAUUUCUGGGAAGUGCUGGUUUCUGCCGCCUGUGGAUUCCUGGGUUUGCGGAGAUUGCGGCUUCCCUAUAUCCCCUCACAAAAAAUAAUUCCCCUUACAUCUGGGGAGAAGAACAGCAGUUGGCCUUCGAUCAACUAAAAAAGGCCCUCUUGGAAGCCCCCGCACUAAGCCUGCCUGACCCCAACAAGCCUUUUAUCCUAUAUAUAGACGAAAGAAGGGGGAUUGCAAAGGGAGUCUUGACCCAAAAAUUAGGGCCUUGGAAGAGACCGGUGGCCUAUUUUUCAAAGAAAUUGGACAGUGUCGCCUCUGGGUGGCCCCCGUGUCUUCGCAUGAUAGCGGCGGUGGCCACGAUUGUGAAAGAUUCCGACAAACUGACUCUGGGACAGCCACUGACCGUAGUGACGUCUCAUGCUAUUGAGACGGUCAUACGUCAGCCACCUGAUCGAUGGCUAUCAAAUGCCAGAAUUACCCAUUACCAAGCAAUGUUACUCAACCCCGAGCGCAUCCGGUUUGGAACGACGGCCUCUCUCAACCCCGCCACUCUACUGCCGGAACCAGGAGACCAUACGCAGGUCAGUCACAAUUGCCAACAGGUACUGGCUGAAGUCUACGGGGCCCGUGAGGACUUGACAGACCAGCCCCUGCCAGACGCGGAGUACACCUGGUAUACAGAUGGCAGCAGCUUCCUCCAUCAAGGUGAGAGGAGGGCAGGGGCGGCGGUGGUCGACGGAAAGACUGUUGUUUGGGCCUCUGCCUUACCACCAGGCACUUCAGCACAAAAAGCUGAGUUGGUAGCUCUGACUGAGGCCUUAAAACAGGCAAAAGGAAAGAGGGUAAACAUUUAUACAGAUAGUCGAUACGCCUUCGCUACGGCGCAUGUGCAUGGUGAAAUAUACAAAAGAAGGGGACUGCUUACUUCAGCAGGCAGAGAAAUUAAAAAUAAGCAGGAAAUCCUAGAUCUCCUACAGGCCCUCUUCUUGCCAAAGAAGGUGAGCAUCAUACAUUGCCCUGGCCACCAAAAAGGAGAGGAUCCAGUGGCACAGGGUAACCGGAUGGCGGAUGAGGUGGCCAGAACAAGCGCCUUGGGUAGCUGCGCAUUAAACAUCAAUGUGCAAGAUUCUCCCAGCCAGGGGCCGGAAUGGAAUUAUACCGAACAAGAUGAGGCAUCCAUACAAAGGUUAGGGGGAAUUUACGACGAGACCACUAAAAGCUGGAAAAUACAGGGCAAAGUCGUGCUACCCACAAAAGAAACUAGAAGAUUAGUGCAAGAUCUACAUAGAUGGACACAUUUAGGGUAUAAGAAAUUAAAGACCUUACUGGAUAGAGAGGAGAUUUCUUAUUUUUUAUUGGGACUACCUGCAGCAGUAAAACAAACCGUAGAGGCCUGCAUCCCAUGCGCCAAGGUAAAUCCCAGAUGUUCUAAAAUACCUGAAGGAGUCCGGAUACGGGGGGCUAGACCUGGAAUUAAUUGGGAAAUAGAUUUCACAGAGGUCCGCCCAGGCAGAUAUGGAAUUAAGUACCUUCUAGUGUUCGUAGAUACCUUUUCCGGCUGGCCUGAAGCAUUUCCAGUGAAGAAGGAGACAGCACAAGUCGUGGUUAAGAAGCUAUUAGAAGAAAUCUUCCCGCGGUUUGGCUUGCCUAAGGUAUUGGGGUCGGAUAAUGGACCCGCCUUCGUCUCCAGGGUAAGUCAGUUGGUGACCAAAGUGCUGGGGAUUGAUUGGAAAUUGCAUUGUGCGUACAGGCCCCAGAGUUCAGGUCAGGUAGAACGAAUGAAUAGAACACUUAAGGAGACCUUAACUAAAUUAACAAUGGAGACUGGCACUAGAGACUGGGUCGAACUGCUGCCGAUGGCUUUGUUUAGGGCUCGUAAUACACCUUCUGUAUGUGGACUAACACCCUAUGAAAUAUUGUACGGAGGCCCUCCACCCGCAGCAGAUUUGUUGGGACCCAGUAUUGACUCAUUUGCAACAUCCUCUACUUUACAGACCCGCUUCCGAGCUUUACAGCUCAUCCACAGGCAAAUAGGGGAGCAGCUGACUGCCGUAUACCAGUCCAAGUGCCCUACGCUCCCGCAUUCGUUCCAGAUUGGGGACAUUGUCUACGUCCGCAGACACCAGAUUAAGACGCUUGAGCCACGUUGGAAGGGACCCUACACGGUAUUAUUGACUACACCGACCGCGAUAAAGGUAGACGGAAUUGCCGCUUGGAUACACGUGUCACACGUCAAGAGGGCGACAGCUGAACAGAGACAAGAGACCGACGACCCUGCCGACGAGCCGACACCAACAUGGAAACUACAACGUACUCAAAACCCACUCAAGAUAAGAAUUUCAAAAUCUGUUUAGUACUGCUUACAAUUCUUUUUACCCCUAUUAUG